AGUCAUGAACAUGUUAAAAUAUAAACAAAAAAAGUCACCCGCCCGGGACUGCAAGAAAAGAGGCAGGUGGUCUUCCUUGUCUGCUGAAAGGAAGGAGCUUUUUUAAUGUACAUGAUUUUUUAUUUCAAGGGGACUAUAGUGGAGAACAACAGCUUGGUUUUGGGUUUGGAGUUCCUGAACACUGAUUGAGAUUUCAUCAAUUGUUGGCUUUUUUUGAGAAUUGGAGGAUGGGGGAUCACUUUGUAUUGCUGGUGAAUCGUUUGAUAACUGAAUCCACCUUAGAAGCUGCAAUUGAGAGCAGAAACCUGUCGAUGCAAGCCACAGCGUCUGACUCAAAAAUUGAUAAAUCUUUCCAGAAACUGGAUUUUGGGGAUAUAUCAACUCCGAGGAAAUUGGUGGAGUGCAGGAUAUGCCAGGAUGAGGAUGAAGAUUCUAAUAUGGAGACACCAUGUUCUUGUUGUGGUAGUUUGAAGUAUGCUCAUCGUAGGUGUAUACAGAGGUGGUGUAAUGAGAAGGGUAACACUAUCUGUGAGAUAUGCCUCCAGGAGUUCAAGCCUGGUUAUACAGCACCACCACCCCUGUUCCAAAUUGGGUUUCCAAUGAACUUUAGGGGAAAUUGGGAGACGUCUAGAAGGGAGUUAAAUGGUCCUCGCUUCAUAGCAGUGGUCUCAUCUGAACAUAACUUCCUGAAUACUGACUAUUAUGAGUAUUCAGCUUCAACUGCAAGAAACACGAUCUUCUGUCGCUUGAUUGCUGUGAUUUUCAUGGUUCUUUUAAUUCUAAGGCACACUCUUCCUCUCAUUCUUAAUGGAACCAACAAUAUCUCAUUCCCAGUGUUUAUGUUGAUAUUUCUAAGAAUUGCUGGGAUCAUUCUUCCAAUCUAUGUCAUGUUAAAAGCACUAACUGCUCUCCAGCGUCGCCGCCUCCAUCAGGCGCCUCCAAAUUCAUCAAUUCAUUCAUAUGAUGAAGAUGCUGAGCAUUCAACCCUGCAGCCUCGGCCACAUAUAAUAAAUGUUCAUUAGACUCCAUCAAGCGUCAAGUUACUAUUUUGUUUCAAGAUAGAUGGAGAUAGUUUGAUUGUCAACUGUAAAAAAAAGAAAGAUCAAAUUUCCAAGGUGCUUUCUCACUGGGAAAAGUUCAAUGGGUUCUGGAUUCUGAAAGAAAGUCUUAUUGUUGUCAGGGAGAUAAACAAUGGUUCCCUGGAAAACAACUGUGAUUUAGAUUCUUAGAUAUGCAUUUUCGUUGCUGCUCCAUCAUUUAAAUACUCUGUACAGUCAAAUAAGUUCCACUGUAUAUACAAACAUAUAUAUGAAGAAAUUAGUAGUCAAAUUAUCAACAACUAAAAUAUACUUGCUCAUGUUUGAAGGCU